AGAAAUCUGAGUUAUUGAAGAAGAUGGAACGACUAACAGCAGUAAGAAUGGUGUUGCUUCUUGUGUUCGUUGGGUGGCUCUUCAUGUGGGUUAUGCUGCCGACCAAAACCUACAAAGAUUCAUGGAAACUCACCCUCUCGGCUCGCCUAGGCUCGACUUACUUUCGCGAACAAGGGACAAAUCUUCUGCUUUUCUCGUUUCCGAUAAUGUUCUUGGCAUCUUUGGGAUGUGUUUACCUCCAUUUUCAGAAGAAAUCUUGUCCUGAAAGUAAUCUGAGCAGAAGAAGCUGGUUGGACUCAUGGAACCGGCCAUUGAUUGUGAUGAAUCCUUUAGGGAUCGUGAGUGCGAUGGAGCUCAUGUUUGCCGCCAUGUUCGUCGUGCUCUUAGGAUGGUCUCUAGGCAACUACUUGUACGUCAGCUUCGGCCACCUUCAUAUGCAUACAGCAUCAGAAAAAGUAUGGGAAGCCAAGUUCCGUAGCGUAGGGUUGAGACUUGGGUAUAUCGGGAACAUAACGUGGGCGUUUUUGUUCUUUCCGGUGACCCGUGGAUCGUCCAUAUUACAGUUGGUCGGGCUUACAUCGGAGUCGAGUGUCAAAUAUCACAUAUGGCUUGGGCAUCUAUCGAUGGUUCUCUUCACUGCACACAGCGUUGGGUUCAUCAUCUACUGGGCCAUCACUGAUCAGAUGGCUUUGAUGCUGGAAUGGAGCAGGACUUACGUUUCAAACGUAGCCGGAGAAAUUGCGUUCAUACUAGCGUUGGUUAUGUGGGUGACGAGCAUCCCUCGCGUAAGGCGAAAGAUGUUCGAGCUUUUCUUCUACGCCCAUCAGACCUACAUUCUCUACCUCUUUUUCUACAUCAUCCAUGUCGGAGUUGCCUACUUCUGCUUGAUCCUUCCCGGGAUUUUCCUCUUCCUCAUCGAUCGGUAUUUGAGGUUCUUGCAAUCACGAACAAACGUUAGGGUCGUCGCUGCCCGCCUCUUGCCUUGCGACACCCUUGAACUUAACUUCACCAAAAUUGCUGGAUUGGAUUAUAAUCCAGCAAGCAUCUUGUUCUUGAAUGUGCCUUCAAUCUCCAAGCUGCAAUGGCAUCCUUUUACAGUGACUUCAAAUGCGAACAUGGAGCCUGAUAUGCUCACCGUUCUCAUCAAGUGUCAGGGAACUUGGUCUCGCAAGCUUUAUCAACACCUUUCUGGUUCUCCUAUCCAUCAUCUUCAAGUCUCCGUUGAAGGACCCUAUGGACCUACUUCAUCACAUUUUCUAAGAUACGAGAAUCUGGUAUUGAUCAGUGGAGGAAGUGGCAUCACCCCAUUCAUCUCCAUAAUCCGCGAGCUUACCUUCCAAAGGGCGCGACAAGAACAACAACCCGAUGAUGAACACCACAAGCUCCCAAAAAGUGUCGUCUUAAUUUGUGCCUUCAAAAACUCAGCAGAUCUCUCCAUGCUCGAUAUCUUGCUUCCAUUAACAUCAAACCUUACUUCCCGUUCAUAUCUUUCGGAAAUAAAUCUCGAAAUACAAGCCUACAUCACUAGAGAAACCGAACAGCCCCUUGAAAACACCAAGAAACCUCUUCAAACCAUAUGGUUCAAACCACACCCAUCCGACUCACCCAUUUCAGCACCACUUGGACCCAAUAGUUGGCUAUGGCUAUGCGCCAUAAUCUCAUCGUCCUUCGUCAUGUUCCUUGUUUUGUUGGGGAUUCUCACUCGAUACCACAUCUACCCUAAAGAACGCGUCCCAGAAGGUUCGGUCUACAAUUACACCUUCAAGACUCUAUGGGACAUGUUCUUGGUGUGUGGUAGCGUUUUCUUGGCAACCAGUUUCGUGUUUCUGUGGCAGAAGAAGGAGAACAACAAAAAGGAAGGGAUGAAAGUGCAGAACUUGGAGGGUGAUCAUGAAGUCGGAGAGGAGAUCGAAAGCGUUGCUCAUCGAUCUGUUCUUGAAACGACUGAGGUGCAUUUCAGCCGUAGGCCUGAUCUGAAGAGUAUAUUAAUGGAGAAGAACAAGAAAGGAUCAGCUACGGGGGUUUUGGUGAGUGGGCCAAGAAAUAUGAGACAUGAAGUAGCCAAGAUAUGUUCAUCACCAAAUCAGGCCAAGAAUCUUCAUCUAGAAGCCAUGAGCUUCAACUGGUGAUGAUAAUGGCUUAAUAAUACUGUUUGUGGCUUCUACACGCAAGUUUAUUACAUAAUUAAGUAAAUAAAUAAUAACGGACAAAGGUUGCUAUUCAUACCUCUAUCUCAUUUAUGUUUCAUACCCCAAGUUCAGUAAUAUAUCAUCAAGGGUUGUUUGU